AUUGAAUACAGCCAAGACAUGUAUAACAUCCUUACGUGGGUCAUGAGACGAUCGGAAUUGCUUGACAGUGACAUUCCAUUGGCAUCCAGCCCUCGCUUGUGAGGCUACAACACUACAUAAAAACGUCUAGACGAAGAUAUCAGCUGAUGUCUGGGCGCUCUUAACCCGCCCUCUUGCAGCUCAUAUGCACCACCGAUAUCAACCCGAGAAUUCCACUCGCCUGGACACACAUGCCUAUAAUUCUCUCGCGUUACGUAUCGACCAUUGCCGUGUAGAAGAAGGUCUCGAAAGCUUUCGUCGUAUAACCCCGCAAUAUGCAGCACCCGGGCCAAGACUUGAGUCCCGACAUCGAGGAGAUCCCGGAAAGACUCGAUGAACAGCAUAUCUUCACGACCAAAACAUUCGGAUUUCUCAUUCAUCCCAGCAUCAAGCUCUCCUCCUCGGAUGCCAAAGUCGCAGAUUUAGGCGCCGGAUCCGGAGCCUGGCUGCUUGAUGUGGCGAGGCAUAAUCCUCCAACAUGGCAGCUCACUGGUUUCGACAUGACGGGAUCCGGGUUUCCUGCACCGGAAUCACUGCCAUCAAACGUCGUCUUCAAGAUCCAGGACAUGAAUGACCCAUUCCCGGCCUCGGAAGUAGGAACUUACGAUCUGAUCGCUGUUCGCUUCGUCAGCAGCGUUGCCGAGCGAGUGGAAUGGGAGCGCUCCAUCACGAAUCUCAUGACGCUGUUAAAGCCGGGUGGUUGGCUGCAAUGGAUCGACUCGUGUAAUUUCCAAGUGUAUAGUUCUGUCGCGGGCACAUCCCGAGUCGCUUGUCAGGAGAUCUUCGACGGGCUAGAGCCAUACCGACGAAAAGCAGACCCUGUAAUCGGCAUCAUGAUGCGAGAGUCCAAAAACAUCAAGAGGGUAGAGAUUCUGCGAGCACUGGGUUUGGAGGACGUGCAUGAGGAUGUCUUUUCUUCCGAUCGGUUGCAGGACCUUGAAGCGCGGGACAAGAUGACGAGAAAUAUCCUGGUCUGCUAUAUCGACUGUCUGAAAGCAUUGCAAAAUGUCAAAGACAGCGGCUGGACGAGAGAGAGGAUCGCGGUGCUGGAGCAGCAAGCCAUGAAGGAAGUUGAUGACGGAUUGUAUCAUACCCUCGAUCAGGUCUGUAUGAUAGGGAAGAAACCGAACAAAUAGAUCAUGACGAAGCUGAGAAACCAGCAUUCACCAAUUGAGACCACAUGGUCGAACUUAUUCGCACCCAGGCAGCGGCGUUGGUUCAACCCUAGCUUGAUACCACGUGAUCAUUGGGCCCCUAACACAUGCUGGAGACAAAGUAGUGAACAUGGCAGGACUCAAUCUAACAGGCUUGUCAAUAUUUAAGAGCUCGCCUGGUCUACCUAUAGAACAGCCAGCCCAACUAUCAAAAUAA